GGGGGUUGUAGGUAUUUUAAAUUCAUUCGUCAUUCAUACUCAAGAGCUUUAGGACACGCCCCCUGUAGAAAAAAACCCAGUAUGAAAGCAGGCUCAGCUGGCUGCAGGGUGAGUUAUGUGCUUGAGAGCACUGCGGUCACAGCAGCACAGAUAGAUUUCGUCAAAUGAUAUUACUCUACCUCAUAUCAUAACUUAACUAACUGGCUGUAGCUUCAAAACAGUGCUCACAUAUUUUAGACUAAAGCUACAGAAUUAGAGAUCCAAUAAGUGCCUUUUAAAAAGUCACAAUAGUCACAAAUUAGGUAUCUGGGAUAUUUCUUCAAUUGGAUUACCUCACGUUUUUCCUAAAGUGGCUGUGGCAUCCUUACCCAAAAGACUGGAGAGCUGGAAACAGUAUGGCUGUGAUACUCUGGGUGAUGGGUCUCUCUCUGCUCCUGCAAGGAUGUUUGAGCAGUGUCGGGGAGACUAACAGAGGCUGCAAGUCAUGGAGACCAAAAGGAGACAAUGUUUGCUGUGAUGCCUGUCAUCCUGGAAACCGCCUGGUCAAACAAUGUGGCCCGAGUCCGAAGGAUCUUUGUACGCCUUGUGAACCUGGGACAUUCACAGUGAACCCUAAAAACUACAGGUGCACCAGGUGUACACAGUGUGUUGGGGCUCAAGUGUUUUUGAAAGCGUGCACGGCCACAUCUGACACCAAGUGCGGUUGUAAAGACGGACUCACCUGUGGUGAUGGCAGCUGCUCCUUCUGUGUUAAAAAGUGUGACAAAGGUCACGAACCUACAGAGGAUGGUUCUUGCAGACCAUGUCCAGAGGGAACCUUCAAUGACCAAAGUCACCAGACCUGUCGACCCUGGAGUACAAAGUGUCCCAAUCAAGAUCAACAAAUUGUGGCCAAGGGUGAUGCUUUCACUGACAUUAAGUGUAAUGCUUCAGUUAGCAGCAUAAUUGCUCCCACAAAAGAGGAAUGGCCAUGGGUCUCUGUGUUCACCAUCGUCGGUCUGAUAACCUUUUUCAUUACCAUCACCAUCGCCAUGAUUGUGGGCAAGAAAAUCAAGAAAACAAAGUCAAACGAAAAAACGCCAGUCACCAAGACACCAAUUAUCAGAACCCCCACAGAUGACCCAAGGACAUUAAUCGCAAUUGAGUGCAGCUUUCAUGAAGCCCAGCAAGAGCAGGGCAGUAGCUCAGAGUCGCUGGACUCCAAGGACUCUUCAGAGCAGCUCAUUGCAUGAAUGAAACCGGGCUACACUGUCACAAUGAAGUUUUCUUUGUUGAAUCAUGUGAAAGGAAACAGGAUAUCCUGAA